ACUAUUAGUUUCAUAUACUUGGAUAGAUUGAAUCAUUUUCUUGUGAAACAUUUAUUUGAAAAAAAUGUAUUUUAUAAUUAAUUUUGGUGUUUUUUUAGGUAUUUUAUUAUGUGUGUAUGGUGAAAAAAUUCUGCUACAAACUCCAAGUGGUCUAAUAAUGGGAACAAAAGAGUACGGCUUACAUGGAACCACCUUUUACGCUUUUCAGCAAGUACCUUAUGCAAAACCUCCAAUAGGAAAUCUACGUUUUGCGGAUCCAGAACCUGCCGAAAAAUGGAAAGGUAUCCUAGAUGCUACCAAAAGUAAUAAAAUUUGUUAUCAACAAAAUAAUAUGUUGGGUUUAGAGCUUCUAGAAGAAAUGGAAACUGAAGAUUGUUUAUAUUUGAACGUAUAUACCCCAAAAAAUCCUUCUAACAACUCUUCACUACCUGUGCUAAUUUAUAUCCACGGAGGUGGAUUUGUAUCAGGUUCGGGAAACUUUGAUUUUUUUGGACCUCAUUAUUUUAUGGAACAUAAUAUAAUUCUUGUUACUCCCAAUUACCGUUUGGGGCCGUUUGGCUUCCUGACUACUGGAGAUGAGAUAAUACCUGGUAAUUUUGGAUUAAAAGAUCAGCAGCUUGCUUUAAAAUGGGUGAAAAAUAACAUUAAAUAUUUUGGAGGCAAUCCUCAAGAAGUUACUCUAUUUGGACAAAGUGCAGGUGCAGCAUCUGUUACUUUUCAUCUCUUGAAUAAAGAAUCAGCCAGUUUAUUUAGAGCUGCAAUAGCUCAAAGUGGCUCAAUGUUGACUCCUUGGUCAUUUCAAAGAGACCAUAAUGAAAUAGCAUAUAAAGUGGGGUGUGGUUUAGAUAACAAUUUUAAAAAUACCAAUACUUCUCAAGAUCUAUUGAAAAUUUUAAGAAGUAAACCAGCUAGUGAUAUUAACAGAGUUGCAGCAAGUUUUAAGGAAUCUAUUGAAAACGACCAAAUACUACAAGGAUUUUGGUUUACACCUACAGUUGAACCUGCACAUCCGAAAGCAUUUAUAACUGAGAAACAGUUUAUGGCCCUAGAAAAUGGAAAAUUGAGUAAAGUUCCACUUAUGAUUGGCAUCACAUCUGAAGAAUUGAUUUCUAAAGCUAAUGACCCUUAUUUUCUGUCAAAGCUGCAACAAUAUGAUAACGAUCUUUCAAUGCUUAUUAACAAAAAUAUGCAUAUUGAAGACCGUUUAGCGAAAAGAGAAGCGGGUGAGACUCUACGACGUAUAUACACUGACGGAUUACUACAUGAUAAUCCAGGACUCGCGGUAAGGCUUUUUAGUGACAUAUCAUUUAAUAUGCCGAUUAUCACACACGCAAAGAUUCAAUCGAAAUUCAGCAGAGUCUAUUUCUAUCAAUUCUCCUAUAGUGGAUUGCUUGGUGGGAUCAGACCAAAUAUAGAUGGUGCUGAUAGAACUGGACACUCUGAUGACAAUCAUUAUCUAUGGACAAACUUCAAAAAAAUCACGCUAGAGAAUUAUUCAGAGGCAGAUGUAAUUGCUAGUAUUAGAUUUCGAACACUUAUAACAAAUUUUGUCAAAUAUUUGAACCCAACACCCCAACUAUCUGAACUUUUUGACAACGUCAUAUGGCCUACAGUUAACUUCGAUGACUUCAAAUAUUUAGACAUAAAUGAUACAAUGAGUAUCAAAAGAAAUCCUAAAGGAGACGUCUAUCCAAAGCUGGUGAAUUUUUAUGAAACGAUGGCUGUUAAGCCGUUUGACACAUUUUGAACAAAUUUAGAGUAAAUGAUAACUUGUAUUAUGAUAA